GCAUUCAACGUUCAAAGUGAUGGCAACAAAUAUAUAUUUACUAUACAUAUUGCAUCACGUGCAUUCAAAGUUUCCUUAUAAAUUGCUCCCCAUACCGGAGCUGAUCGCUACAUUCGUCAACAUUACAAAAACAAUAAGAAGUUGAAUAUGAACAGCGCAGCUUCCAGCUUGCUAGCACCCAUUGCUAAGAGAUUAGCAGGCAAGGUUGCGUUGAUAACCGGAGGUGCCAGUGGGAUUGGUGAGAGUAGUGCAAGGCUAUUCGCUCAACAUGGUGCUAAGGUCGUCAUUGCUGACGUCCAAGACGAGCUUGGUCUCUCUAUUUGCGACGACAAAAGCACUGAUGGUGCCGUUUCCUAUGUCCACUGCGACGUCACUAACGAGCCUGAUGUCAAGAAUGCUGUCGACAUUGCGGUGUCGAAGCAUGGGAAACUCGACAUAAUGUUCAACAACGCAGGGUAUUCUGACCCAGAAACGUCAGAUAUCUCUGCCCUCAAUCAGGAAGAGUACAAGAAAGUCUUUGGCGUGAAUGUCUUGGGGUCACUCUUGGGGGCAAAACAUGCCGCCAAAGUAAUGAUCCCUGAGAAAAAGGGAACCAUUUUGUUCACUUCAAGCUCUGCAUCAGUGACACACGGGCCAACUUCACACCUAUACACGGCGUCCAAGCAUGCCUUAGUGGGACUAACCAAGAAUUUGUGCGUUGAAUUGGGACAGUACGGAAUCAGAGUCAAUUGCAUAUCACCGUUUGGUGUGGCCACCCCUAUGGUGCUCAAAAGGGCCGGAAUAGACAAGAAAAAAUUUGAAGAAAUUGUACGCGAAGCUGCAAAUUUGAAAGGGAUGGUUUUGGAAGCUGGAGAUAUAGCAGAGGCAGCAUUGUUCUUGGCGAGUGAGGAGUCCAAGUACGUGAGUGGGCUCAACCUAGUCGUGGAUGGUGGGUAUAGCACCACCAAUGUAGCUUUUACACACAGCAUACAAAAGUUCUUCAGUACCUAAGACCCAAAGCAUUAUUGCAAUGUUCUCCAAGCAUAUACGCAGCUUGUUUUCGGCUUAUGUGUCGCAGCUGUAAUGUUGUACGGUGAAAUCUAAACAUUAAUGUCCCAUGAAAUUACACAUAAAUGUUUUACUUUCAACUAUGCCAA